CCUCAUGGAAUCCUGGAUGAUCCAUGGCAUUGAUACUUGUCUGUCAUUGUUUUGGAUUGUUUGGAUUGUACCUCAUUCUCCUGAUCACAUACCAAGAACUACUAGUACUAAGUAGUAAGUACUACUAAAGAUAUUGAUAUCAACCUUGCAGAUCAACGAUGACCACACCGUACACGCCAACGUCGUUCAUCCAGAUGACUCCUAGUACACCAGCACGCCAAGUCCAGCGCCAGCGCCAACGCGCGGUCGUGGAACAGGUGCAAAACGCGGCCGCAAGCCUCGCGGUGCAUUUCCCAAUGUGUCCACCGAUACUCGCCCCCCACCACAAUCAGGGCCCAGCACAUCUUCGCCUGCAACGCGAUUUACCCCGGCCCAGUGGGCGAUUCCUGGAGUCCCUGCAGGCGCCACUGCCACUGCCUCGACUUCUACUGUGACAGUCCCUGCUGCCCAAAGCACCGCCGCAAAUACUGGUGACGUAUCGAUGGACAGUGGGGAUGAUGAACCCGUAGUGACGCAGCCUCCGCCCGUUACUGCUGCUGCUGCUUCAACGGAUACGCCUACCGACGCCACUGCACUACCGAAGCAAGCUAUACGGAAGGUUAUACAACAAACGACAGGACAGCAAGUUUCUCAGCCCGUUGCGCAAAUAGUAGCAGGUGUUGCGAAAGUGUUUGUUGGCGAGAUCGUAGAAAAAGCUCGUCAGGUUCAAUCACGGCGCAAUGAUUCUGGCCCCCUCACGCCAGACCACCUUCGUGAAGCGUAUCGGAUGUAUCAGGCAGAGACUGGGCGUGUGGGCAGUGCGCGACCAAUGCGAGGGAAGCGUCUGUUUGUCAGGUAGUGAGUCAAUGUCAGACUUGGCAGUGCCGUUAUGUCGCAACCUAGACGUAACUUACCACCUGGGAACACUUCUUAGCAUUCGACUGUUAUAUGCGUCAGUAGACAUGAUGUACAUGAUGGGCUGUACAAAGUUACAAGUGCCAUCAUAUGAGGUGGUGGCUUUGCUAUAUAGUCAUUAUCGCUUGCAUUACGCGAGUGCAAUCACUGAAGCUUGAAGUACUGAUAGAUCAACUGGCGGUGUAUAUGAGUGUUGCCAAGACUAUGAGACCGGCCAAGAUUGCGUUGACCGACGCUGCCGGGAAUUGAACGUGGCAGUCGCGACGAAU